AUGAAGCAGUAUAAUCGCCCUCAGCCACGUUACGAUUACGAGAUCCCUCCCGAGCUUGAAGGCGUUCAGCGUGCACUUGGCCCGGAUGACUGGACGGAGUAUAUCAUGUUAUCGGAGAAGUAUGUUAUGGGAGAAGUUACUGAGAAGGAGCUCAUUGCAGGCAGCCAGCGAUUGUUCUGUGCUGUCAACGCAAAGCUGCAUGGGAGGGUUCAGAACAUGGUAGUCGAUCUCAUGAUCGUCCCUGUAGUUGGAAACCUUGCAAAGAGUGAAGUCAAAAAGCAAGUUUCAUAG